AUGCAUACCCCAACGGGUUUUGACACAAAAGCCCUGCCUCGGAAAUCGCCAUCGGGAAGGCAAAGGCAUUGCCGUAUCAUUAAGGAACCGAUAUUUUCAUUCUGGUUCAACCGCAACCCAGAGGAAGAGGAAGGGGGUGAGAUUGUUUUUGGUGGUGUUGAUCCUGCUCACUAUAAGGGAAAGCACACUUACGUGCCUGUGACCAGAAAAGGAUAUUGGCAGUUUGAUAUGGGAGAUGUACUUAUUGCCGGUAAACCCACUGGUAUGUGUAGAAAAUGUGUUAGCAGAAGUGACAAGUUGUUCUUCCCAUGAUGUAUUGUUGGCAUUUUCAU